AUGAGAAAAAUUGCUUCAGUUCUAAUUCUUAUUUCUAUUACUUUGUUCACAGUAAAUGCCUCAUAGUCAUCAUAAGACCUUGCUAAUUUGAUAUAUUCAGGAGGAAUUUGUUAAAAAAUGAUUCUGAUUGCUUAAAUGAUUUAAGUGUCUAGUACUUUAUCUGUGGAAUAAACUGUGACAGAAAUUCUUAUCGUGUUUAUUAACCUGCUACUGGAGAUUAUAUUUAGAAUUAUUGCAGCAAUAUAACAAAUGAUACCGUUAUGGAUCUUUAUAAAAAAAUACUUGCCCGUUAUGAAAGUGAUUUAUUUACCCAUCCUCUUUUGA